UUUUUUUUUUUUUUUUUUUUUUUUUUUGUUUCAUUCAUUCAUUCAAUUCACUACAAUGCCUGCGAUUCCGCUCGUGACGGUGAACAUGAGCGAGGAGGACGAGGACCUGCGCCUCGUCGUCAAUCCGGACGCCCUCGACAUAAUCGGCGAGGUCGACGAGCAUCUCGCUGUCGUCUGCGUCGCUGGAUUGUAUCGCACUGGAAAGUCAUUCAUUCUGAACAAGCUCGCAAACCAAACCGGCUGCUUCUCGGUCGGAUCGACCAUUGAGCCAUGCACUCACGGAAUAUGGAUGAAGCUGCUCGACUCGGACGAGAUUGACGAUCGCUUUGCUCGGCUCCUUCCUCGGGGAACGCGAGUCCUGCUGCUCGACACUGAGGGGUUGGGCUCGUACGCACGGUCGGAAACCUUCGACGUCCAGCUCUUCUCGUUGUCGGUGCUGCUGUCAUCGCUCUUCAUUUACAACUCGACCGGCAGCAUUGACGAAGCUGCGCUCGACAAACUUUCGUUGGUUGUGGAGCUCACAAAGCACAUUCGCAUCCAAACGGACGAAGACGUGCAGGAUGCGCGCGAGCUUGCUGCAUUUUCGCCUGCGUUCUUGUGGGUGGUUCGCGAUUUCUCUCUCAAGCUUCACAUGGAUGGCCAUGACAUUUCUGCACGACAGUAUCUCGACAAGGCGCUGCUUCCCAUUCGUGGCGACGUCGAGCAAGUUCGCACUAAGAAUCUCAUUCGCAGCUCUAUCACUGCCUUUUUCCAAGAGCGUGAGUGCAAGACACUCGUUCGCCCCGUGAGCGAUGAAAAAUUGCUCCAGAAGCUCGACACGCUCCCGCGAAAAGAUUUCCGUAAAGAAUUUAUCGAGCAACUGGACGAUUUCACAACCACCGUUUUCAAAAAGACCCGCGUCAAGCGCCUCUUCGGCGAAGCAGUGAACGGCCGAAUGCUGGUCAACCUCGUCCACAACUACGUUGAUGCCAUUAACGCGGGUAGUGUCCCAACAAUCGGUACGGCAUGGCAAAAUGUCGUUCAAAUCGAGGGCGAGCGUGCGUUGAAAGAAUCCCUCAAGCUUUACAAGGACCGAAUGAAUGAGCUGUUUUCUGUCUGGAAGGUCAUGGAAGCGGAGGAGCUGACUGUCAAACACGAGCAAUACUUGCUGGACGCUGGCACCUUGUUCCGCAAGGCCACGGUUGCAGCGCUCUCUGGCACUUUUGAGGAGCAAUUCCGUACCGGAGUCAGCACCAUGUACGCAGAGUACCGCAAGCAAAACGAAAUGGAUUCGUUGACACUCUGCACCAACCUGAUCAAUGGCUUGGUAGCUGACGUUCAGCUUGAGGACGUGACCGACUUUGAUGAGCUAUCCGACGUGUGGACCGAGCUCGCCGAUGAGAAGUACCACCUUGAGGCCAAAGGUCCCGCCAAGUACAAGGUCCUCUGCGACGUGCUCAAAAAGCGACCGCUGGAGCAUGCACGGCGACUGCUCGAGCGUUCGAUUGCCAAAGAGGCAGCUAAGGCUGAGCGCAAAAUUAAGGAGGCUCAAGACCAGUCCGCAGUCGAUUACGAGCGCCUCAAUGUGCUGUAUGGUACCGUGGAUGGCGAGUGGAAGCGCUCUCUGGCCAUGUACAAUGACCUCAAAGAAGAGAACGGCUCCCUCAUUCAGACAAUUGCUCGUUUGUCGUUAGCCAUUAACGACAUGUGAGGUUGCGAGCCGUUGAUUUUUUUUUUGUUUUUUUCGAAUUCUGUAGUUGGUCUUUUUGGCAAAUUCUUUCAUUUUCGUUUCAUUGGAUUGCUUUGUCUGACAUGUCAAAGUAUACUUGUAUUACGUCGUGC